AAUAAUAAAUCUCUUUAAAAGAUGGCAACAUACACCAUUACUCUAACCUCCAAAACCAUCUUCCUCCUCCUCAUCGAUUCAAUCUCCGGCGAUCCUCCGACGAUGCUUCUCGAAACAAAAGUUUUAAGUCCAAAAAGUCCAUUAGAGCGCGAUCCAUUAUCUCCCAAAAUUUGGAAAAAUCGCGACUCUGAAGUUGUUGGACUAGCCAUUGUGACUUCCCUCGAAAAAAUGGGACUCGAGCACACAACAAUCAACAUCGAAUCAAUUUGCAAUCACUCUAUAAAAAGCUUCGAUGAAGCCGAAGAAACUCCGAAUUUUCCGGCAUUAGAUUUCCUCGACACAUGCUACUUGUGUAGCAAAAGAUUGGAAGGCAAAGACAUCUAUAUGUAUAGAGGUGAGAAGGCAUUUUGUAGCAAAGAAUGUCGAUAUCAACAAAUAAUAAGUGAUGAAGGUCAAGAGAAAUGUAGUUAUGCUUCUUUGAGAAGGUUAGGCGGCGCCGUCUCGAGUUCAUCGGAUUCUGAUAAACUAUUCUUUACCGACACAAUCACAACUUAAGUUAUAGAGAAAAAGACUUGGAUUCUUAUAUAGAAGCCGGGUAAUUGAAGUACUCAACUUGUAUUUGGUUCACACUGUUAAAUAUCAACAGUGUUUCAAAGAGGGAGUUGAUGAA